AGUCUUCCCCUUCUUCCCCUGUCCCUAUGUGAGCGCCUGCCACUCUUGCUCCGGGCUGUGGUGCUGUAGCAGUGUCAUCACUCAGGAUGGACUCCCCACCACUCUACCUGCCUCUGCUAAUGCUGACCAGCCUGCUCAGCCUCUGGCAAGGGGCAGAAGCUCAGUCAUUAUUCACCAUAGACAGUGUGACGCUCAAACUGGACCCCAGUGGCGAGGUAGACAGUGGGACCUUCGUGGACCUGAACUGUGAGGUCAGCAUCAGCCAUGACCAGUCCCACACCCUGACAUACAGCUUCAACUUCCUGCGAGACGAUGUCCUGGUCUACUCCAAAAACACCACCGAACCUGCGGUCCUUCACCAGCUCACCCCGGCCAGGGCUGCCAACUCUGGCGCUUACGAGUGCCGGGUCAUAGUUCAGGACAAGAGCAAAGGCAGCAGGAACCAGAGACUCACCGUCUCAGGCUUACAGACGCCUGUGCUGCAGGUGACCUCCCAGAUCCUGUUUGAGGGGGAUGAGCUGGCAGCUACCUGCACAGCCCCAGAGGAGUCUGGCUCCCUGCUCUUCCACUUCUACCAGGACCAGGAGAAGAUCAAGCAGGUGUGGGCCGGUGGGAACUCAGUGGAGACCAGGCUGGAGCUGAAGCAUGCUGGGGACAAACACCUGCGCUGUUACUUUGAAAUCACCAUGCUGCCCAACGCUGGGAGGUCCAACAACAGCAACACUGUCAAGGUCAUGGUCAAAGAACUGUUCAUCACACCCAUCAUGAACAUUCUUCCUGGUAAAGAUGUGAUUGAGGGUGACAUUGUCGAAGUUUGUCUGUCAAGUGGUGAACCCCCACCCAAUGUGGCGGUCUUCCUGACCAAGGACAAGAGGGUGCUUAAGACAGCCUCCAUUAGUCUCAGUCAUCAGCUCAGAGUGCUGGCAGAGGACUCUGGGGAGUAUGUGUGCAAGGCGGACAGAGGCAACGUGCAGAAAGAAGCCUAUGAAAGCAUCAAAGUCAAAGAGUUGUUUUCCAAGCCAGUCCUGGUGAUGGAGCCCAGAGAGGUGUUUGAGGGAGAGCUCUUCACACUGAACUGCUAUACUGACCACAAUUCCCCUGAAAUAAUCAACAUUUGGGACAUGAAGUACUCCCUGUACAGGAACCAGGUCCUACUGACAUCAGGAGGGAACUACAGUGCCACAGCACACCCCUCACUUAAUGGAAAUUACUCCUGCCAGGCCCAAGCCCAAAAUAUCUUCAAAAACAGCACACAGAUUGUCCUCAAGGCAAAAGUGCCUGUGUCAGUCCCUCUUCUGAGCGUGGUAGGGGGCAGGUUGAUCCUGGGCAAGCCCUUCCAGCUCCAGUGUCAGAGUGACAAUGGUAGUCUGCCCAUCACCUACACCCUGCUGAGCCCCCACAGACAGGCUGAGUUCAGUGUGGUCCGCAGUCCCAAGGAUCUGGCCCUCUUCAACAUCACCUCCAUCCACAGGAGCACUGACAUCCACAGCUUCUCCUGCAAGGCAGAGAACAACCCCCGUCAGCCCCACAGGGAGAGCUCAGGAGAGCACCUCCGACGCACUGCCACCAUCAUAGAGCCAGUCUCCAGGCCAGUACUGACCGUGAAACCCAACAUGGGGGACGUGGCUGAGGGGGAGGACCUGACCCUAACCUGCACUGUCCAGCGGGGCACGCCCCCCAUCACCUACACAUGGUAUCACACAACGAGUGCCCUGCCCCUGCUGUCCAAGACCACCAAUGACAUGCGAGGAUCCCACUCGGUUCAAGGUGUCAGUCGAGAGCAUGGAGGCAGAUACUACUGCGUCACCAACAACCCAUCCAACGACAGCAAGAGCAGUGCCAUGGUCACUGUUGGAGUGAAGUUGGCUGGCUGGAAGAAGGGGCUGAUCGCAGCGUUCUGCAUCCUGCUCACAGUGUCUCUCAUCAUCAUCAUCAUCAUCAUCGUUAAGAAAGGCCUUCUUCCAUUCAGAAAAAAGAGAACAGUGGAACUGUCAGUGAAGCCAACAAGCACUAAAACAGACGAGACUCUGAGACUAACCCAUGGAGAAGUCAAUGAGGCUGCCAAUGUCACUCCUGGGGUCAUGGGAAGGAGCGUCUGGAGUGAUCAUGUCUCAGGCUCAGAGUCUGACGACCAGACCAGCAAGGGAACUUCUGAGGUACCUGAGCCACAAUACACUGAGGUCCAUCCCCAGGAGGUAGACCCCACCAGAGCUCCCGUGAAGAAAGGCACAGACAUGGUGUACAGCGAAGUGCGGAACUCGAUGCAAGGUAAGACUAAUAUCCUGUUCAAUGUUCACUAAAGCCCUCUUUACACUAAGAAACAGCAAAUGAGAUGGGCUUCUUCUCUGGGGUUUGAGAAAUGUGCCAUUCAGGAAACCAGGCCAGGCCUAACUCUAAACAUCUGCAUUGUUAGUGAGAGAGGGUGCCGUUAAGCCGGCAGUUUAGCCAGCUGUCCACUUCCUGCUCUCGUCAAAGGGAACUUCCUGUUAUUACAAUCCAACCCAAACACAGGGUCCAUCUGUCAAGCGGAGUCAGAGGACUGCUCCAUUGUUAACUCCUGAAAUAAGAACCCCCACCCGCCAUCCAUUUUGUCCAUUGUUGAGUAAUUGACCUAAUCCUUGGAAAUGUACAUGGUAUGUGUGUCAAACAAUGUUGCAGCACAGGGGAAGAGGAAACAAUCAUGGGCUUUGGCCUGCUUCUAUAUUGUCAAACAAUGGGCUUGUUGGCAGGGAAACUGACUGGUAACACACACACAUAAGUGGUUGUAAUUGGAUAAGCCCAAGGCGGUCAGUCUUGAGGAGAGGUGGAGGCUCUGGGUGAAUGGUGUUGUUUUGGGGAGUGGUGGUGAAGACGUAGAUCUUCUCUAAUCACUGAAUGCCUUCAUUUCCUGAGCUUGUCUCCUGCUCUUGUUUUUGCUGGUGAGUCAGAGUCCGAACAAGCUGACGGCGUAAGUAGAGCAAUUUGCUAACAAAUACACUCACGCACAUAUUGUUUUACAUACAGUACAUAGACCUUAUGACUUUGUUUUGUCUUAGAGGGACCCCUUAUGGUGAAAAUAAGACAACACAGAAGGAGGAAACCGCUAGAAUACACAGAAACUGUAGAAACAGACACUGGUUUCUUCUUGUAUUUUUAUUUUUAUUUUGUCUAUUUCUGCAAGGCUCAGUUGAAUAUGCCCAGCUAAACCACAAUGACCAUGAGUCAGAAGAACCAGACCAAGAACCAGAGCCUGAACCAGAGCCAGAGCCAGAAC